UAUAUUAUUUUCGAACAAAUAAUUUAUUAUUUAUCUUUUCAAGGCAUAAUUUCCGAACACUUGUACCCCCUGCUUGUGUGUGUAUGUGUGCGUGCGCGUGUGUUCUUUGUAAAUAUUGUCUGUAAAGCAGAGAAUACAUUCUCUGCUUUAACCUAACGCACAAGUUCAAUACUAUUCGAAGUAUUCUCUGCUUUACCUAAAUACACUUCAAAUUUCGCGCACCAUUACGUCACUACGCAUGCUCGGUCAGUCUGCGCCGCACAGUAUAGCGCCAGUUCGUGUCGGUACGACAGGUAUCCUAACCCCAAAACCGUCACUUUUCAACACGUUAUAACUUUUUUUCUGUGGCAGAGCGACGAUUUUUACUUUCACAGUUGUGUUUUACGCAUCGAAAUACACAAUAUUGCUUAGUUACAGUCAGAUCGGUGAGGUUGCCGCUCUCCUUCAGUAUUACCAAAGUAACAGUUGGAAAGUAAUAGUUGGAAAUACUAAUGUCAAUUGACGUUAAAUCGACGUCGAUUCGACCAAUUAUUUCUGGGAUUAUCGACUCGACCAGCUGACAACCGUAUCGACGUUGAAUCAAGGUUACCUUUCUGAUUUGGAAAAGAUACAAGAGAUGAAGUGCUGCUGUGUAUGUAAAGAACCGUGGUCACCGUACAAAGAUAUAUCUUUUUUUGGAUUUCCAAAAAAAGAAGAUAUUUUAAAGAAAUGGUUGCAUGUUAUACCAAUAGUAAAGCAAAGUAAAUCUUUACGAGUGUGUCAGAUACAUUUUCGUGAAUCGGAUUAUUACCAAAGGGGUAAUCAGCGGAGAUUAAAAGAUAAUGCAAUUCCAAGCAUUUUUCCACAAACUAUAUCGAUUGAUGUCGCUGGUAGUCCAGAUAAAUUCACAGAAAAUAAUUCAGAUGACACAUUAUUAUUAAAGAAUGAAAGUCCUUUAUCUUCAGAGACUAAUGCAAUUCCAAGUAUUUCACAAUGUAAUAUGGUUGAUCUCACCAAUGAUCCAGAAAAGGAAAGAAAAAGAGACAAUGAAGUACAAGCAUCUCCUGAUACUAAGGAAGUAGCAACACAAAUAUCUCCACGACGACUUCAAUCAUCUCCGCAGGAACAGAAAUUAAAACAUGAAAUCGAGCUUCUGAGAAAGAAGUUGCAUCGAAGAGAUGUAAAACUUUCAAAAGUAACACAUAUGUUAGAAUAUUUUAAAUGUGCAUACAACUCAUCUGAUAAUGAAGAAAUAAUUGUGGAGUAUGAUUAUUCCGACUAGCGAGCGAGAGAACGCGAGACUUAUUAGUUCUUCUGCAACUAAUUGUACAAUUAAUUAUAUGCGUUUAUCUUAAAUACAUUUAAAUAAUUAAUAUGAA